AUGGCAGAUUACCACACUGUUGAGAAACGCAUUAAACUUUGGACACCUCUCUGGAAGUCCAAGUCCCUCCCUCGUUGUAAGGAGCUCUUAUGGCGCGCUUGCAACGAUGUUCUCCCUGUCCGUGCAGCUCUAGCUCAUCGUGGGAUCGUGGAAGAUGCAAUUUGUCCGCUGUGUGGGGAGGAGUGUGAAACCGUGAACCAUGCAUUCUUUGCUUGCACGGAGGUGGCUCCGAUUUGGUUCAGUUCGCCGCUGUCAUUGGAUUUCAGGAACGUUCCACCAAGCUUCUCCUUAAAACAGUGGUUGUCCCAAGUUUUGAAGGAGGGGGAUGAAUGGUUUAUUGAUUCGGUGCUUACACUGCUAUGGGCAAUUUGGGAGAGGAGGAAUCGAUGGUGCUUUGAUCAGCAGUGGUAUCCUUAUGACUUUGUGCUUCGUCGAGCUGCUUCUAUGGCUACCGUGAGUCUGUUGGCUAUGGAUAAUGAAGCUACACGUACAGAUCAGCUGCGGGAUGGACGGAGGGAUCGCUGGCGUGCUCCACAGCCGGGAACGAUCAAGAUUAAUGUUGAUGCUGCGGUCCCUGCUGGUUCGGUGAUGGGCUACGGUUAUAUUGCCAGGAAUUCUUUGGGACAAGUUUUAGCAACUGCAGCUUCCAAGUGGCCCAUGGCGACAUCCGUGGCACUUGCAGAAGCUAUGGCAUUGAGGUGGGCUUUACAACUUUCUUUGGAGCUUGGUUUCUUUAAUGUGGAGGUGGAACUUGACAGCAAGCUUGUGAUAGAUUCCUGGAGGAACCAUCAACAGCAAGCUUCUUAUUUAGCUUUAGUGAUUUCUGAUUCAGUUUUUAUUUCCCAGUCUUUUUAUCGCUUUUCUAUAGCUCAUGUGUUGCGAGCUAGUAAUAUGGCUGCAGACUUUUUAGCCAAAUUUGCUUUGUCUAGUUACUGUUUUGUUGGGAUUGAGGAGUACCCUGUCGGUUUAGAGACGGUGCUUUCCUCUUAUUUGGUUUCAUCUUGA